AUGGCUGAUGAAGGAUUUGUAGUUUACAAUAUGAAUCUAACCCGCAUCCAUGAUGUAAAAAGAAAGGAGCUGAUUUUGAUUGGCUGGUUUUACCAGUUGAUUCAGUGCGUUGAUUCACCUUGUCUUCUUACAUCAUGUCCGCAUCCACAAUGUAGGAAGAAUUUUGCAGGAAAUUAUAAUUCUGCGACGUUGCAAAGGAGAGAUCCUGAAUAUUCGAAGAAAAUCACCGACAUAUAUAAAAAUACUUCUACAAUCGCCUCUCGUCUCGACAUUCGUGUUUUACUCACCAACUUGAAAUGUCCCGAUAGAUCUAUUAUAAAUACCAAGAAACCUGUAGAAGUCGUGAUCUUCGAUCAAACGUGCAGUAAAGAAGAGGCGGACACGUUUAUACAGGAUCACUUAGCAAACAAGUCGCUAAACUACCGUUUUGUUAACUACGUAUACGGUCCAGGUCCAAACUGUCAUAAGAAUACAGAAAAUGAUGUUCAGAAUAUGAAAACUUACAAGAACGUAGUACUGGGCGGUACAUUCGAUCGAUUGCACAAUGGUCACAAGAUCUUGUUAAGCGAGGCUGCUCUGCGUUGUACAGAAAGACUUACUGUUGGUGUGACAGACACUAACAUGAUUACUGGUAAAAUAUUGUGGGAGCUUAUACAACCGUGUACACAAAGAAUAAGUGACGUCGAAGAGUUUUUGGAAGAUGUAGAUUCAUCAAUAACGUAUAAUGUUGUUCCUAUCAAUGACAUUUAUGGACCUACCAAGGAAGAUCCAACAUUGGAUAUGAUAGUUGUUAGCCAAGAAACAAAACGUGGAGGUGAUAAAGUCAAUGAAAUACGUUUGCAAAAAAAUUUAAAGAAAUUGAACAUUCAUAUAGUAGAGCUAGCAACUGAUGAAAAUCAUAACGAACAUGAAGAGGACAAAAUUAGCUCUAGUAAUCACAGAAUGCGAUUACUUGGCACAAGACUUAAAGCUCCUAGAGAAGAUAGAAUUUUAAAACCUUAUGUUAUUGGUUUAACGGGUGGUAUUGCGAGUGGAAAAUCCUCGGUAGCUGAAAAAAUGCAACAACUCGGCGCUGGUCUUGUAAAUUGUGACAAGUUAGCUCAUGACUUAUAUUUACCCGGGACAGAUUGCUUUCAUAAAAUAAUUGAACAUUUUGGUUCUUCUAUUCUUGACUCAGAUGGCUUUAUAAGUAGAAAGUUGCUUGGUGAUAUAGUGUUUAAUAAUAAGGAAGAAUUAGAAAAAUUGAAUAAAUUAAUUUGGCCUUUAAUUCUGCAAGAAGCUAAAAGAGAAAUAGAAAAGCUUGUUUGCAAGGGUCGUGAUAUUAUUGUAUUGGAAGCAGCAGUUUUGAUUCAAGCUAAGUGGCAGAAUGAAUGCAGUGAAAUUUGGACUUGUAUUAUUCCACAAAGUGAGGCUAUAAAACGAGUAAUGGAUAGAAAUGGAUUAUCUGAGGAAGCAGCAAAAUUAAGGAUUGAAAUGCAACCAAGUAACACGGAGCAAGUUAAGGAAGCCAACGUUGUUAUAAGCACUUUGUGGAGUUAUGAAGAAACUUUAGUACAAGUGGAAAGAGCAUGGAGAGAAUUAACAACAGAAUUAAACAGACUACAGAGUAGAGUAGUUUGUUCUCAAAAAUAACGUUUAACCAGUCUGUGAUAUACAAUUUGUAAUUAAAAUAUUAUACAUUGAUGACGAAAAUAUUGCUAAUCAAGUGUAUUCUUGGCUAUAUAAAUAACUAUAACAGAGAUAGGUAUUAUAAUAAAGA